ACAGCUCAUUGGUUUCCCCGGCAACACAGUGUAAAUAACUCGGUGUUAAAUCUGCAAGCAAGGAAACACAAGAGUAGCGCAGAAAUGAAUGAAACGCUCAUUUGACGCUGGGUAACAGACGGACUAGCCUAGCGGAGCGUUAAGUUUAUCCCGGAAGAAAGAUACCACGCUUACAUUCCAGAUCAGACAGACAGCUGAUGGUUGCCGGCUAGCCAAUGGGGCUGUUUGACAAGUUGGCAGGAUGGCUGGGCUUGAAGAAGGAGGUGAACGUGUUGUGUCUCGGCCUGGACAACAGUGGAAAGACCACCAUCAUCAACAAACUCAAGCCCUCUAAUGCGCAAGCACAAGACAUUGUCCCAACAAUCGGCUUCAGCAUAGAGAAGUUCAAGACGUCCAGUCUUUCCUUCACAGUCUUUGACAUGUCCGGCCAAGGCAGAUACAGAAACCUUUGGGAACAUUACUACAAGUUUAGAGUUAGCUUAUUACUUAAAAUGCCUGUUGUUGUUUCAGUUCGUUAUGAGACUAUACGACUAUGGCGACUCAUCUCAUUCACGACACGUGACGUUUUCCACUCCUGUCUCACUGCAGAUAUUAAACACAGGAGGAUUCCCAUCCUGUUCUUUGCUAACAAGAUGGAUGUCAGGGACGCUCUGUCUUCUGUCAAGGUCUCACAGCUGCUGUGUUUGGAGAACAUCAAAGACAAACCCUGGCACAUCUGUGCCACCGAUGCUCUGAAAGGAGAUGGUUUACAGGAAGGAGUGGACUGGCUACAAGACCAGAUUAUGCAAUCAAAUCAAAUCACUGAGAACGUGAGGGCAUGAAGAGGGUCGGCCGAGAAGCAGCAGCAGCAGCAGCAUUCCUGGGAGUCUUUUGUAAAAGGAGGGUAGACCGUGUUUUCAAAGGUACCGCUAAAUCCAAACGUUUUUAACGGGGUAUUUAGACGAUUCUUGAAUGUGUGUGGUUCAGUCUAAAAAUGAUCUGACCCAGUGGUCCCAGUGAGAGCAGCAAUGGACAGGCAUGAAUCUGUUUUCAACAUAAAACUAAUUCAUUUAGUGCUUUUCAUUUCUCUUAUCUUUCUCAUAUUCACAUUCUUUGGGUAACGGGGAUCAUGAAAUAUCUGACUUUGCUUGGUGCUGUUUUUAUUUUUAAUGUAUCCAGGAUGUCUUGUCAAAAACAUAUCGUUCAUAUAUUUUGUUUCUUUUCUUGUUUAACUAUUCGACGAAUAGCGUUGCUCCAGAUUCAGACUGACAUCGUCCCAGUGAUGUAAACUCAACCUGAUUCCCCACUGGCUCGCGGUUCAUUACGGCAGAAAAUAAUAAUAAUACUAAUAAUAAUAAUAAUAAUAAGAAAACAAGUGAUUUACAGGUUUAUGGAUGCUGCUCAAGAACAUGUGACCAUCUGGGUUGUUUGGGUUGUUUCUAGCGUGCACACAUUCAACAUCAUUCUAAAAAAAAAACUUUGGAUACGUAACGAGCUAAAGCAAACAGGCUUUGAAGAGUUGUUUCCUUCUCUGUCUUUAUGCCAAAUGCUUCCUUUUUUUUUUUUUUUUUUUUUUUAAUUUCACAUGUUUCUCAGGGCCUCUGAAAGAUGCGAUAUUAUUUCUGUUUGAAUCACCGUUAACAGUUAAACGAGCCGUCAUUUACGUCUGCAGCAGAGGCGAAUGUUCUAGUGUAUGUUUCACCCGUACCAAAACUCUCCACAGAGCCGACUCGCUGGCACGUUCUAAACAACACACCGCAUGUUUUAACAGCAGCUAGCGCAGAAUGCUCGUGUUUGGUUUGCUCUGCUCUGGCUUAAGCCAAACUCAUAAUUAAAAGUGUGACAAGUUAAAUAUUUUUCUGGGACCCAGUAGACUCUACUUUACAUAUUUUUACAUGUGGCUAUGGGUAUAUAAAUAAUAGUCAACUUAGCUGUAAUAUGUGUUGAAGUGAUCGUCAUAAAUGAAUGUCCAGUUAGCCUGUGAAGUAUAUCAAUCGAAACAUGUCUCUACACAGAUCUUCUAUCAACUAGUGCUUUUAUUUUUGCCUUAUUUCACUGCUUAAAAAAAAAAAAAAAACGUAAUCCAACAAAAAUACUUCUUACGGUUUGCUCACGGUUCUUCAGUGAUUCAUACAUAGAAAACAAACAAACAAAAAUACAACUCCUCAGUCUGCACAAAAUUCAUAAUGCAAGCCUUUUAUCCUCCUCUUUAGUCUCAGACUGAAAGCUUGUAUUAAAAAGCUUCUGUGCAGAUCAGAGUUUGUGUUUUUUUUCUUUUUUCUGACCAAGUUUGUAGCAAAUAUGAGGCGUUUUUGUAGUUUCAAGGCAAAAAUCAAAAUCUAGAAUCUAAAAUAUUGUUUAUUUUUUGUUUUGUAUACUUUGUUGCAUCUAGCUCUAGAAUAUCUAUUUUUUUAGUACGACACAUAUGACAUAUUGCAGAGAACAAUACUUAACUCGCCACCAAUGACACUAAAUUGUUCAUUUGUACACAAUACAGAAAAUGUUUGCUUCAGAGUCACAUCAUUGUUCUGCAUAGAUUUAAUUAGUUGUUUAAAAUAUCAGCUGUAGAAUGUAUCACCAACGUGUGUCGUUCGGUUUUAACUCGUAUGGGUAGAUGGAUAGAUGAAUAUCCUGCGGGAAAUUUCAGUAGCUUCAUCACAUGGAAACAGAUAUGAAAGAUAUUUAAGUUAAAAAGGAAGCGCUGGAUCAUUUCAUCUUAAAAGAGAAGGUACUGGAACAAGCUGCUUUUAUUGAUAUUGCUGAGCAUCACUGUACUGUAAUGUCUUUGUUUGCAGUGAAAGCUAGUGUUACUUACAGCCUCUCACAUCAGAGUCCCAGUGGAUGCUGUUGUUUUAUACACAUAUAUAUAUUACCACCAGCCAGACAUAUUCAAAUCCUAUAGCUUUUGUAUUAAAUAACAUGUUUGUAAGGGUAGAGUGGUGGAUUUACUCCAUGUUUAAAUCAAGCGGAGAGUCCUCGUGAGAUCAUGUUUUCAUAUUCUCCACUUUUCGAAACGAACGAACGUUGGAGCACAAGUUCACUUUAGCAUCAGAGACGUUUUUCGAUUCUUACUUCCGACUCGGAGUGAGCCAUGUUAUCUAUUUUGUGUAUCGCAUUCUGUGUUUUCAUUUUCAAAGAAUAAAUGCCGUGUAAAACUA